AUGGAAAGAGGGAGAGGAGAAGGAGGAGGAAGGAACCUGGGAGGCUCUGGCCUGCACAGGAACAUUUAUUCCCAGUCCCAACAGCAGUACCACUACCCGGCCUCCUCCCAGGGGAGCUGCAUGGAGAUCCAGGAGCUGGCCUCCAAGAGGGUGGACAUCCAGAAGAAGCGGUUUUAUCUGGAUGUGAAACAGAGCUCCCGCGGCCGCUUCCUGAAGAUCGCCGAGGUCUGGAUAGGAAGGGGCAGGCAGGACAACAUCAGGAAGAGCAAGCUGACCCUCUCCUUGUCCGUGGCUGCCGAGCUGAAGGACUGCCUGGGGGACUUCAUCGAGCACUAUGCCCACCUGGGCCUGAAGGGCGGCCAUGGCCACCGGCACGAGCACAGCAAUGACAAGGAGCAGCAUUCCCGAAGGCGGCCACAGCACCCGCCGCCUUCGCCCCCGGCCUCCGUGGGCUCCGAAGAGCCCCCUCACAGCGUCCUCAAAACGGAGUACAUCGAGAGGGACAACAGGAAGUACUACCUGGACCUGAAGGAGAACCAGCGUGGGCGCUUCUUGCGGAUUAGGCAGACCAUGAGCAGGGGACCUGGCAUGAUGGGUUACUUUGGCCACAGCUUGGGACAGGAGCAGACGAUCGUCCUGCCGGCGCAAGGGAUGAUCGAGUUCAGGGAUGCUUUGGUCCAGCUGAUUGAAGAAUACGGCGAGGGGGACAUAGAGGAUCGCCGGGGGGGAGGUGACGAGCCCCCGGAGCUCCCCGAGGGCACCUCCUUCCGGGUGGACAACAAGCGCUUCUACUUCGACGUGGGAUCCAACAGGUACGGCAUCUUCCUGAAGGUAAGUGAGGUGAGGCCGCCCUACCGUAACACCAUCACAGUUCCGUACAAAGCGUGGACACGGUUCGGGGAAAAUUUUAUCAAGUACGAAGAAGAGAUGAGGAGAAUUUACAACAGCCAUAAAGAGAAAAGAAUGGAUGCCAGAGGGGACAGUGGUGAAGAGCAAGAGGGUCUGGAAUAGAGUGCAUUGGACAAUUAACCAAACAAAGCAAGCAGAAAUUGGUGAGAGGGACUGACCUAUAGUAAUUCCAAGUUACCCCAGUUUUUUGUAAAGCCCUUUUCUGGUAGUUCUUGUUAACUCCAGUACAUAAUGUUCUAGGAGGCUGGUUAUCACGUUAAACUAUGCCCAAAACAUCUCCGUGUGUCUUAGGAAAGGACCAACCUCCAGAGUCCGUAUGAGUCAGCUGCUUCGAGUGUUGGAGACUGGAAGUACGAGUAUCAGCACAAACAAAAUCCGGCACCCUGACCUUUAAAUAGUCUAGAAAAGGCUUGUGUUGCACUUAAACACGAUACAAAAGUUCCCCCACCCUGAACCUUAUGAUGAAAUGUAUCAGUUUCUGCUUAUCACGAGUUUUUCAGGACUGGCUUCUGCCCGUGCUCGGUCCAAAGGCCGAGCAGCAUUGCCGUAGAGCACUUAUGGCAAAAAUCAGCUCCACGUGAAUCUCUGGUCUGUGUGUGAGGAGGGAGGGAGGUUUUAAAGUUGGCAUCUCCUGGUUAUUGAGUUGGAAACAAUAGUCUGUUCAUGGGUAAAACCUCAAUAACCGGUCAGACCUCGGUCACGUGCCGGUGAAGGGCGGAAGAUCUCUCAUUCAUUCCCUAGUUUUGUGCUCACCAGAUAACCUGAGUAUCCCAGGACAGCGGAGUGCUCAGCCUUCUGAAUUAAUGGCAGUGAAUAAUAACCCACUCCUCCUCUCCGUGUUCUGCCCGUUAGAGGCUGGUGAUCUUUUUAUUUUCUUUAUUUUUAACGCAUUUUGUCCAACAUUUCAGAAGGUAUUUUUGUAUUAGGCGUUCCAGCAGGCGACUGUGGAGCGGGUGUUGGGAAGUGGAAGGAAUGCCGCGUCCGAGGCUCCUGCCUUCUCUCCCAGAUUAAGGCAGUUCAGGAUGUUGCCUGUGCGAGGAAAGCAUUUGGGUGUUUUCCUCCUCCUGCCACGAGGAAGACCUUUGGGGUGCUGGGUGCACCACUGGGUUCGUGUAGAAAGGCAUCUCUUUCAUGCUCCCCCGUGGCGCGUUUCGGAAGCUGUGGUGGACGCCCCGUUGGGUUUUCUGUUGUGUUGAUUGUGGGUGGUGCUGGGGAGACA